AUGUGCUUCGUGACCUUCGGUGGGGCGGAGCGAUACAAAAUCAGAGUUGGGCCCACCGCUCGCCUCGCGGACAUCUAUGACCAGCUGACGGCCCGCCAUCCUGCGGGCGGGCUGGGACCUGGAAUCUGGCGGGUCGACGCGAUCCUGCCGGGGCGCCGGCUUCUCAGUAGCGCGUCGGCUGAGGAAACGGUCGCCAGCGUGUUCGGGCUUGCUGCUCCUCCUCCCCCUCAUCCUACUCCCUCUUCUCCGAAUGCCCCUGGGGGCCAGGACCCUUGCCAGUGGGUCUGGGUGGACAAUUUCUGGCACCGCGCUGUUUACCUUGGAGCCUCGCCUCCGUGCUCUUGCUCGGCCGCGCCUGGAGGGCGCUUGCACCGCGAUGCACGGCCUCGGCCGGGCCUGGCCAGGCUCGGAGCAGGCGAGCAGCUGGCGAGCAGCUGUUGCGGGCAGCUGUUGCGUCUACCGCAGCUGUGCUCUCGCCGACCGCGCCGAUCGGCGCACCAGCGGUGCCGCACUGCCACGCGCGGGGCGCCGUGCCAGCGGAGCUCCGAGAGGAAGCCUGCCAAGGCGCGCCCCUGCCGAGGAGCGAUCCCCGGGUCCUCCGUUGAUGGGAAAGUUUGCCACCAACGGAGGAGAAGGGAGGUUGAGGAGCUCCUCCUCCUCCUCCUCCUCCUCCUCCUCCUCCUCCUCCUCCUCGUACAGUAG